GGAGAGAGAGGGAGAGAGAGAGAGAGAGAGAGGCUGGUACAGCCUUGGUCCUUCUGUCCUUAAUCUUUUUUGAGGUCCACACUCUUUUUCUCUCUAUGAAGGCAAUCAGAUUCCCUAUAAAUUACAGUUCCUCUGCAGUAAACGAAUAUCCUUAAUGUAUGUAGGUCAUUUGCAACAACAAAGCGGCUUUUUCUCCAAAACAAAACUGGGGUGCAUUUGCUUCGGUCUGCACUGUGAAAUUGCGUUUGGGAUUUUUUUUUUUUACAGGACAUUACGCGGAGUUUUAGAUUUUUCUUGUGAUAUUGAUUAUUUUCCUCAUCCCUUGAAGUCCAGAACACGGACAACGACACCAGAUUGUGCAGAUAGAGAAAAGGCUGAAUGAUCAAGCUAGAGUCAAAACGGAGAAAUAACUGCACUAUUUGACAGAGAGGUUGGCUGGUCCGAUCCUACCAGGGAGUGGUUACCAUCAAGACAAGACCUGCGACCUGGGAUGGAGAGUGCUGAGAGGUCCUGUCUGAUUGGUGGACAUUGUGUUUGUCAAGCUAACCAUACAGCCUGAAACAAGGCACCUGGCCUGUGGGAGAACCGUACUGUGCACCGCUUAUUCCACGGUGAACCAUGUCGAGGCCCGGGGGAAUUGAAUGGCUACCGGUCAUCUGUGGCCCCAACUGCAUAAGGCUGAACAUAAACCUGUUCUUCUGGAUGGCCUUCCUGGCUGCCAGGUUUGCAGUCAUCGACUCUCAACAAGCACAAUACUCCAUUGUCACUACAAACUAUGGGAAACUGAGGGGAUUAAAAAUGCCAUUGCCCAACGAGAUCCUUGGACCUGUGGAGCAGUAUCUGGGGAUCCCGUAUGCCUCUCCACCCACCGGCGAAAGGAGGUUCCAGCCCCCUGAGCCCCCCAUUUCCUGGCCUGGAAUUCGAAAUGCCACCCAGUUUGCAGCAGUGUGCCCCCAAUACCUUGAGGACAGGUUUCUGCUCAACGACAUGUUGCCUGUCUGGUUUACUGCCAAUUUGGAUACGGUGGUAACUUAUGUGCAGGACCAAAAGGAAGACUGCCUGUACCUAAACAUCUACGUUCCUACAGAGGAUGGAGCCAAUUCAAAGAAUCAAGGCGCUGAUAUAACCAGUAAUGAUGAUGACGAAGAUGAAGACAUCCAUGAUGAAAAUGGCUUGAAGCCUGUCAUGGUGUACAUUCAUGGUGGAUCGUACAUGGAAGGCACAGGGAACAUGAUUGAUGGCAGCAUUCUGGCCAGCUACGGGAACGUCAUCGUGGUGACCAUUAAUUACAGAUUAGGAAUUCUAGGUUUUCUGAGCACAGGGGACCAGGCUGCAAAAGGAAACUAUGGGCUGCUUGACCAAAUUCAAGCACUGCGAUGGAUCAAAGAAAACAUCCAGGCUUUUAAAGGGGAUCCUAAGAGGGUCACCAUAUUUGGGUCGGGUGCUGGAGCCUCCUGUGUGAGCUUACUGACACUCUCCCACUACUCAGAAGAUCUUUUCCAGAAAGCCAUCAUUCAGAGUGGAACGGCACUGUCCAGCUGGGCAGUUAACUACCAGCCGGCCAAAUACACACGGAUGCUGGCCGAGAAGGUUGGCUGCAACAUGCUGGACACCAGUGACUUGGUGGAAUGCCUCCAGAACAAGAACUACAAGGAGCUCAUCGAGCAGAACAUCACUCCCGCAAAGUACCACAUCGCUUUCGGGCCCGUUAUCGAUGGAGACGUAAUACCGGACGACCCGCAGAUCCUGAUGGAGCAGGGGGAGUUUCUGAAUUAUGAUAUCAUGCUAGGCGUCAACCAGGGGGAGGGAUUCAAGUUUGUGGAUGGGAUUGUUGACAGCGAAGAUGGCGUGUCGGCAAAUGAUUUCGAUUUCGCUGUGUCUGAUUUUGUUGAUCACUUGUACGGGUACCCAGAGGGGAAGGACACCCUCCGGGAGACCAUAAAGUUCAUGUACACGGACUGGGCUGACAAGGAGAACCCAGAGACUCGCAGGAAGACGCUAGUGGCCCUUUUCACUGACCACCAGUGGGUGGCACCAGCGGUGGCCACCGCAGACCUGCAUGCUCAGUAUGGCUCACCCACCUACUUCUAUGCCUUUUACCAUCACUGCCAGAGUGACAUGAAGCCCAGCUGGGCUGACUCGGCACAUGGAGAUGAGGUUCCUUAUGUGUUUGGCAUCCCGAUGAUUGGACCCACAGAUCUCUUCAACUGCAAUUUCUCCAAGAAUGAUGUUAUGCUGAGUGCUGUGGUCAUGACGUAUUGGACUAACUUUGCCAAGACAGGAGACCCAAACCAGCCAGUACCACAGGACACAAAAUUCAUCCACACGAAACCAAACCGUUUUGAAGAGGUGGCAUGGUCCAAGUACAACCCUAAGGACCAACUCUACCUGCACAUUGGCCUGAAGCCCAGGGUCAGAGACCAUUACAGGGCUACCAAGGUUGCCUUCUGGUUGGAGCUGGUGCCACACUUGCACAAUAUAAAUGAACUGUUCCAGUACGUAUCGACCACCACCAAGAUCCCUCCUCAGGACACAACUCCCUUCUCAUACACUAAGCGUUUCCAGGGGAAGACGUGGCCAUCUACCACCCGCCACCCUGUUGUUCCUCCUGCUAACACCAAGCAAGUGACCGACCAGCAGAAGACAGUGGACCCAGCCGAGUCUGCAGUGGUAAUCGAGAACAAGCGAGACUACUCCACUGAGCUGAGUGUUACCAUCGCGGUGGGGGCCUCCCUGCUUUUCCUGAACAUCCUGGCCUUCGCUGCCCUCUACUACAAGAAGGACAAACGUCGGCAUGAGUCCAACCGCCGACCCAGCCCUCAGAGGAACGCCAAUGCCAACGACAUCGGCCAUAUCCAGAACGAUGAGAUCAUGUCGAUGCAGAUGAAACAGCUGGAGCACGAUCACGAGUGUGAGUCUCUGCAGGUGCACGACACGCUCCGCCUCACCUGCCCGCCGGACUACGCGCUCACGCUGCGUCGUUCCCCUGACGACAUCCCGCUCAUGACACCCAACACCAUCACUAUGAUCCCAAACUCCCUGGCCACCAUGCAGCCCCUGCACCCCUUCAACACCUUUAGCGGCAGCCAGAAUAGCACCAACCUUCCCCACGGACACUCCACCACACGAGUAUAGCUCCGCACAGAGCGACUGCUGAGGCAUAAAGCCACAAUAAAAAAAAGAAAACUAUUUACAAUAAGAAAAUUUAAAGAAGAGAAAAAAAAAACUUUCCAGUUGAGACUGAUUACAGAAGAUAUUAUUUUGUUACCGAGCAUUCUUAAAAAUAAAAUACUGGCAUCGGAACUUGGCUAAACCUCUUAAAUGUGAAACGUGAAUGUCACAAUAGUAAUACUACUUUCAGAACUUUCCAGAAGGAUCAAACAAGCAAAGCAACACCCAGAAUAUGAAUAAUUGACUUUAAAGUGUUCUGUUUCACAACACUGAUGUAGGGAAUACAUACAGUAUGAUGUGUAUUUGUCUUUUGAGCAAGUGGCCAUGAUGUCAUGCUCAAGGCUGAAAGAAAUCAUUCUAUUGAUGUGAAAGGUUUUCAGAAUAAACAAGGGAUCUGAACUUGCCUUGGACAAAUGAAUGCAAUGUUGGUGAUCAGAGUCAAAUUUCCCAGCCUGAAUUGUAAAUAAAAAACUUUGUAAAAAAAAAAUGUAAAUAGUUGUGAGUAAAACAAAUACAAAAAAGCUUUUAUUGUUGUUUGAGUUGAAAUAUGGCUUUUAUGCUUUCACUUGAAAUGUUUAAAUAUUGAUUUUUAUUUAAAAAAUCAAAAAUAGCUUAAAUCAUUGUUUUGAAAGAAAAUAAAUGCUGUAAAUUUGUUUAAAAGCAUAUAUCCUACAAAUCUUUUUUUUUUUCUUCUUAAUUUCAUUUUAUUGUUUGCAUAUCAUGGCUUUACAUGCUGCAUUUCAGGAAAUAGUGUUUACCUUCUUUUCAAAUUCUUCAUAGAGUAUUUUUAUAGUUAUUUUUUCUUUAGCAACCUAAACACUGCCUCAGCUUCAAAAGUGACCAGCAUUGUAUCAUUUAGAAAGAGGCAGUGGAUAAUGUUAUCAAUAUUAGAUUGAUAUAUUCGUAAAUGAAAAUGUGUUUGAUAUUUCAAAUCAUCAUAUGCUAGCAAUAUGUAUUGUGCCAAGCUUGUGAUAUUUUGGGGUUAAAAGCAAGUUAAUUGCUUUGAAUGAGCUGAAAUAUUAUUAAUAAUGACAGAAAAAAAACCAUUAAUCGUAAUUAUUUUAUGUAUGCAUCUACUUCAAAAUUAAAGGAGAAAAAAAGAAAAACAAAAAAUCCCAGCUGAGGAUUAUACUGCUAGACUUGUACAUUUGAGCAAUUGAACCCCUCCUGAUUACUGACCCUUCAACACAUCCAGGGUCUUAAUGUAGGAUUUUAGAUUUUACUGUUUGUCUCAUAUUGUUUGCAGUUUUUGCCUUAAGUGAUAGAUGAUAUUUCUGGCUGGACACCUGUAUAAAGUUUUUUCUGCUGCAUUUUUAAUAAAAUAUUAAAAUAUUUUCUAA